AUGACAUAAUUUACUAAUAACAAUCAGGUACUUAUAGAAAAUGAACUUUGUGAAGAAUAAUAUUCAGAUGAAUAUUAACAAGCUUAAGCAUACUAUUAACAAUAAAAUCAACCAAAAUAACAACCAACUUUUAUACCUACAUAUUAACCUACAUUUCAACCUUCAUUUCAACCUUCAUUUCAACCUUCAUUUCAACCAAAUUAUCAAACGAAUUAGUAUGCAAUUUAAGAAUGUCCAUAAGAAUAAAAUGAGAAAAAGAAUAACUAUUUAGAUUAUCGUAUAUUUUAAUCAAUAGAAUAGAUUAAAUGGCAGAAAAACGAAAUAAUACUAAAUUCAAAAGAUUUAAGAGAUAUUGUAAACCCAAAUGCCUUUGUUGUCUAGAAGGUAUAGGCAAAUGUAUUCUUUUCUGCUUAGUUUUUCUUUGUAAGUUGAUUCUUACUAGUCUUUUUAAGUAAAAUAGAAACAGAUAAUGA